UGGCCCGCGGUCCCCAUGCUGGCGCCGAGGCCACUCCUACUGCUCCUCCUCAUGGUCGGGCUGACCCUGGGGGCCAGCCUGCCGCCGGGACCCCGAAGCCAUCCAGGCGUGUGCCCCAACCAGCUCAGCCCCAGCCUGUGGGUGGACGCCCAGAGCACCUGUGAGCGUGAGUGCGUCGGGGACCAGGACUGUGCGGCCCACGAGAAGUGCUGCGCCAACGUGUGCGGGCUGCAGAGCUGCGUGGCUGCGCGCUUCCCCGCCGCCGGCCCGGCCGCGCCCCCGCCGCCCGCCUCGUGCGAGGGCUUCCCCUGCCCUCAGCAGGGCUCCGCCUGCCACCUAUGGGACGGGCAGCCGGCGUGCCGCUGCCGCGACCGCUGCGAGAGGGAGCCCAGCUUCACCUGCGCCUCGGACGGCCUCACCUACUACAACCGCUGCUACAUGGACGCCGAGGCCUGCCGGCGCGGGCUGCGGCUGCACGUGGUGCCCUGCAAGCGCAUGCGCGGCUGGCCGCCCGCCAGCCCGGGGCCGCCCGACCCCACCGCCCGCCCCACGCCCGGCCACGCGCCCAUGCCGCCCGCGCUCUACAGCAGCCCGGCGCCGCAGGCCGUGUUCGUGGGCGGCACCGCCAGCCUGCACUGCGACGUCGGCGGCCGCCCGCCGCCCGCGGUGACCUGGGAGAAGCAGAGCGACCAGCGGGAGACCCUGAUCAUGCGGCCGGACCAGAUGUACGGCAACGUGGUGGUCACCAGCAUCGGGCAGCUGGUGCUUUACAACGCGCGGCUGGAGGACGCGGGCCUCUACACCUGCACCGCCCGCAACGCCGCCGGCCUGCUGCGCGCCGACUUCCCGCUGUCUGUGCUCCGGCGGGGCUCGGCUGGGGACGGGGACGAGGCGCGUGCCCCCGCCGGCCCCGCCGAGUGCCUGCCUGACCCGCAGGCCUGCGGCAGCGCGCCCUCCGGCCUCGUGCUCUGGCACUUCGACCCCCAGCGCGGGGGCUGCAUGACCUUCCCCGCCUGCAGCUGCGAGGGCGGCAGCCGGGGCUUCGAGAGCUACGAGGCGUGCCAGCAGGCCUGCGCCAAGGGCCCCGGCGACGCGUGUGUGCUGCCAGCCGUGCAGGGGCGUUGCCAGGGCUGGGAGCCGCGCUGGGCCUACAGCCCGCAGUUGCAGCAGUGCCACCCCUUCCUGUAUGGCGGCUGCGAGGGCAACGGCAACAACUUCGAGAGCCGCGCCAGCUGCGAGGACGCCUGCCCCGUGCCACGCACGCCGCCCUGCCGGGCCUGCCGCCUGCGGAGCAAGCUGGCGCUGAGCCUGUGCCGCAGCGACUUUGCCAUCGUGGGGCGGCUCACCGAGCUGCUGGAGGAGCCCGAGGCUGGGGGCGGCAGCAUCGCCCGCGUCGCCCUGGACGAGGUACUCAAGGACGACAAGAUGGGCCUCCGGUUCCUGGGCACCAAGUACCUGGAGGUGACGCUGAGCGGCAUGGACUGGGCCUGCCCCUGCCCCAACGUGACGGCUGGCGACGGCCCGCUGGUUAUCAUGGGGGAGGUGCGAGACGGCGUGGCCGUGCUGGACGCCGGCAGCUACGUCCGGGCCGCAAGCGAGAAGCGCGUCAAGAAGAUCUCGGAGCUGCUGGAGAAGAAUGCCUGCGAGCUGCUGAACCGCUUCCAGGACUGACCCCACCCACACUGCCCCC